CUUCAUUGGAGACUUGGAUAGCCAUUCCAGCCAUUGAUCGAGCCUUGUCUUCUCUGUUUCGUGACUUCCAGGCUAUCCAGACAACAUUUACUGCGAUCCUACGUCAAGUAAUCGGCCCUAAUUGAGACAACAGAGUACCCAGAGCACUGCGAAUCUCCGUGGCGAUUGUUGGUGUAUGAGCUCACACCACUCCCCGCUAUUUUGCCAAUAGAUCGCAUCGGCAAACUCGUUGACGCCGCAGUUGAGAUAGCAAAACAGCUAGGAGCUCCUCUUGAAACUCCUACAGCCUUCUCUCGACUGCAGCUCCGUCCGCAAGAUGCCAGUCGCAGACGUUCCUGUCCAGUCGCCGUCGCCCAGGUCGUCUGCCACAUCUCUGGCAGCGACUGCCAGCGCGAAUGCGGCCAGUCUCUCUCGUCAACCCUCGCGCAGCUCUGCCCGGUCCUCGAGACCGUCGUUUUCCGAACGACGCCGUUCCGCAGUCCUCAAUCUAGAAGACCCAAGUACGCCUGGUCCGGGGGAGCUACAGGGUGGUAGUCACCGCUCAUCGAUGGGAUAUGCAUUCAGAACAGCAAGCCCGACGAGUCUAGGUGGCAGUUCCACCAUUCCGACCGCAGAUCCUCAUCAUCAGCGGACACCGUCAUUGGGAGAGUUACAUCAGGAAUUGGAGCAGGAACAAGAGGCGCAGGUGAACCGACUUCUGCAGAUGAUCCGUAGCCAGCAGUUGCAGUUGCAGCAAUUACAACAGCAGCAGUCUUCCAACACGGGAACGGCGGUCAUUGAUGAUUCAACACCCAAUUCCGAACGCUCAGUGUCUCUUCCUACCGUUCCUCCGGUCCCUGCGUCUGGUGGGCGGACCUCGCUUGCCUCGUCGCUGUCAGUCCGUCGUGGGUCGCGAUCUAGUCAAGGAGCUUCGCCGCGUCUCGGUCCAAUUGCUUCCGCCUCACAAGGAUCAGUUAUCGAGCCUAUACGCAGCCAUGACGGUUCUGAACUGCCUGGUCUGGGAGAGACCCGAACUCGCAGUAGCAGCAGAGACGAAACCACAUUCUAUCAGGCCGAGGCAGCCAAUUUAACGCGAGAGAACCAGCUUCUGCGCCAGCGGAUCCGAGAAUUAGAACGACAAAUCAGCGAAUUGACAGCUAAUUCGUCCCGUCCUCACCCACCUACAUCUAAUCUGGCGACUGCGACGUCGUCUUUUGAAGGCACGGACCAAGCUGCUUCGGCGGACGUUGCCAGCGAUGAGAACAAGACCUGAGUGGCUAUUGGGUUUUGAAGAAUCUUGUGACAGAGAAUAGAGGUCAAUUGGGUAUAGCCAGGACAACAUCUACUCAGCUCAGGACGCCGUUUCUCCGCCUUCGGGCAAUGUAGGUGGAAACAGCAUCACUCCACUCCGGUCAUCUCUGGGAUAGUCAUCUCUGAGGUACUAAUCAGCCUGCCCUCCAGGCAUAAUAUCCACAUAACGCAUUCUUACGUUGCGAUUCGUUCUACCUGCGAAUAUUAGCAGGCCAUGUCGAUCUCUACUUCAUGUAUGAUGUACUGGAUAUCAAAUUAUUAGAAGCAUUGAUAAGAACAAUGAAUUGUGAUAAGAAGGUCUUUUGAAGAUUCAAAUACAGUCGCAGAUUCGUCUAUAGUAGAGAAUAGUAUAUAGUAGUUGAUUGGC